AUGGCAUCAGCAUCUCCUCACGACCGAAGCAAAAAGAAAGUGGACGUCACGGAUGGCGACGAAGGAGCCGAGGACCCUGUGGAGCGAAUGAUUUCUCGCACGGGCUGUGCAGAUCUGCACGAGUCGCUGCAGGACUGUAUGGCUCAGCAUCAGGACUGGCGAGCGUGUCAGAACCACGUUGGCGCAUUUAAAAAGUGCAUGAGCGACUACCACAAAGCACGGCAGGAACAAUUGAGCAAGGCGCGCCAGACGGGGAAGACCGUGCCCACAUAA